AUGUUACUGAAUAGUGCGAUCUGAUAUUUACACUAAAAAGGUUUAUUAACUACUGUCUAAAACGUGAAAUUUUUUUUUCUAACGGGAGUUCUCUACAGUUUGAAAUCUUGAUAUACCAAUGAAGUUCGAAGGACUAAGUACUUUUAGAACAUCUUUUCCACCAUUUCGAAAACAAUUGCCGCUGGAACCUAUAAACUCAGAUUCAUCAAAACUUAAGGAAAAUGGUAGAACAAUCUACAACAGUGUGCGAAUGGUCCGGUUUCGAAGCGACGGAAUGUUGUUCCCUAAACCAAUAGUGUUUCAUAAUUUAUCUUCUUUCUUACCGGACAUAAGGCUAGAAUAUCAUGAAUCUGCAAAUAUAUCUUUGUUUGAACAAUAUAGACAAAGUGGAAUUGUAGCUCUGCUUAUCAAUGGUGAAAUUGUUAUUCGGAAACGUAGACAUUGGAAAACAAAGCUUAAAGCGUCUAAAUAUUUCUAUGACCCGAUUAAUAGGAAGAUUUCAACUCCAGAAUCUUUGAUCGAUGAAACGGAAACUGCUCCUAAAAUUGUCAUUCAGCCUCUUGUCAGGUUCCGAAGGGCAGUAAAAAAUGUACAGACUCUACUAAAAGCUACAGUAAUAAACAAUGGACAAAACUCUCGCAAUGAAGGCAAACUAUUUUCCUGGGCACAAGACUUCAUGUCUACUCGUCGUGAGUUUGAGAUGCAUGGAUUAAGUUUCGAUCCAGCAGAUUAUAAAGCAAGACGAGAAGCAUGUCUCAGCAAUGAAGCAAAGACAGUGUUGUCAAUGGACCCUGACGAAAGAACAGAGGAUCAACUGAAAAUAGCUCUUCUAGCGUUGAACCAGGCGGUAAAUGCCUUCAGUGAAUUUCCAAUCACCAUGCAAAGAUCUUUGGUUCGUGUUGGUUGGUAUGAACACUUUGAAGACAAGCGUGUGAUUAUUAGACAAGGACAUAUGGCAGACAACUUCUACUUAAUCAUCUCAGGAACAGCUAUUGUAACUAUAAUGGAUACAGAACAAAGUGUGCGGACAGCAGCCGUUCUUACUAAAGGCAACAGUUUUGGGGAGCUAGCUUUAAUGCACGGAUCAAAGCGAACAGCAACAGUCACCUGCAAAAACAGUGUAGAAUUGUUAGCUGUUGGAAGAGAUGAUUUUAUAGAUAUAUUCAUGCCAAUAAACAAAGACCAAGAACCAGAACAUAUACGCUUCCUCAGAUCCAUUAACAUACUGCAUGGAUGGCCAAUAGAAUGUCUUCCGCAUCAUGAUCCAAAGAUAUGUUGCUUUACAUUUUUCAGACGGGGUGUUUUGUUAUGUAAAGACAGCAAUAACAGUGAAUGGGUGUACAUAAUCAAAACAGGCAACUGUAGAGUUUUAAAGAGUCUACAGCCAACCAGACCUACAAUUCCUAUAUCCGAACAUGAUAUAAAAAAUUCCCAUGAUAUUAUAAAGUUACCCCCUUUGAUAUCUCCCCGGUCGACAUCGUCCUGUAAUACCUCUCUCUCAAUACAAAGUUCGCCAUCACACACGUCGGUGUCAUCAGCGUCACGGAAAAAGAAACGACGACGAUGUACUGUGGAUAGUCUUAUAAAUAUUCUACAUAGUACCAGCGACAGUCCACAUCUCAAUCUUGAAGAUCACAAAAAGGAAGUAGAGGUGUUAUAUGAUAAACUGCAUAACAAUUUUGAUAGACGUGGAAAGAGAUAUUCAAAAGUUUUUGAAAAAUUAGAGAAAAAAAUUGACAAAGAGAACAUAACUGCAGAAAAACUGUUUGUUCAAAUACAGAACCUUGGACCCAGAGACGUUUUUGGGUUGGAGCAAGUAGCGUUUGGAAUGAUAGGCAAUACAACAAGUACGAUAUUAGUAUCUGAUGGUGCUGAAUGUAUACUGAUUAACAAGAAAUAUUUCCAACAGCAUCUUAAUGACGAAGGAGCCAAACGAUUAAGACGAACUCUUCAACCUUUACCAUCAGAAGAAAGCCUACAACAGAAACUGCAGGAUAAAACAAACUGGGAAGCUUACAAAGCAUUGACAGUAAUAGAUCAAAUAUUGUACAAAAGACAGAUUCAAAAUACAGAUUCUUUGUUCUACUGAAUACUCAGAAUAAAACAUGUUUUACUUUUAA